CCCCUCCCCGCGCCCCGCUCCUCCCGCCACUGGCAGCUCUAAGAUGCCCCGCUAUGAACUGGCUUUGAUCCUGAAAGCCAUGCAGAGGGGUUGGUACAGUAGGCCUCACUAAACUUAGCUGCAACUAAGAAUUUCUCCUACAUCAACUGAGUUAAGGCUGAUGCUCUUGUGGAAUGUGGAUUAAAAGUGCGUGCUAAGUUCCCAAAUUUGAGAAGCGGAGAAAAGUAAAUGUACCACUGCCACCAGCAUCAGGACAGCAAACCAAGGGACAAAGAAUUUGACCCGCUGUGUUGAUUUUGGUUAAAACUGGUUAAGAGACGUUGGCUGGGGGGCGAGAAGUGGACGUCAGCGAAGGCUUUUUGGUUACAAAAUGAGGGCUGCUUUGGAGCCAGCAGACAUUGCCAUUGUGGCGCUGUACUUCGUGCUUGUAAUGUGCAUAGGUUUCUUUGCCAUGUGGAAAAGCAAUCGGAGCACCGUGAGUGGCUACUUUUUGGCAGGGCGUUCUAUGACCUGGGUAGCUAUCGGGGCCUCGUUGUUUGUGAGCAAUAUUGGAAGUGAACAUUUCAUUGGGCUCGCAGGAUCUGGAGCGGCGAGCGGAUUCGCCGUAGGCGCGUGGGAGUUCAACGCCUUAAUGCUUUUGCAGCUUUUGGGAUGGGUCUUCGUGCCAGUCUACAUCCGGUCGGGAGUGUACACCAUGCCCGAAUACUUGUCCAAGCGGUUCGGAGGGCAUAGGAUUCAAAUCUAUUUUGCAGCGUUGUCUCUAAUCCUUUAUAUCUUCACCAAACUCUCAGUUGACUUGUAUUCAGGGGCGCUUUUUAUCCAAGAGUCGCUAGGGUGGAACCUGUACCUGUCGGUGAUCCUGCUGAUCGGAAUGACGGCGCUGCUGACGGUGACCGGAGGGCUGGUGGCCGUCAUCUACACGGACACCCUGCAGGCGCUGCUUAUGAUCGUCGGCGCCCUCACGCUCAUGAUCAUAAGCCUCAUGAAGGUCGGCGGGUUCGAAGAGGUGAAAAGGAGGUACAUGCUGGCCUCACCCAACAUCACCUCCAUCCUCCUGACCUACAACAUCUCCAACACCAACUCCUGCAACGUCAGUCCAAAGCCCGACUCGCUGAAAAUGCUGCGCGAGCCGACGGACGAGGACAUUCCCUGGCCCGGCUUCCUGCUGGGACAGACCCCGGCCUCGGUGUGGUACUGGUGCGCCGACCAAGUCAUAGUGCAGAGAGUUCUGGCCGCCAAAAACAUCGCUCACGCCAAGGGCUCCACCCUCAUGGCCGGCUUCCUGAAGCUGCUGCCCAUGUUCAUCAUCGUGGUGCCGGGGAUGAUCUCCCGCAUCCUGUUUGUGGACGACAUCGCCUGCAUCAACCCCGAGCACUGCUUCCAGGUGUGCGGGAGCAGGGCCGGCUGCUCCAACAUCGCCUACCCGCGCCUGGUGAUGAACCUGGUGCCCGUGGGGCUGCGCGGGCUCAUGAUGGCCGUCAUGAUCGCCGCCCUCAUGAGCGACCUGGACUCCAUCUUCAACAGCGCCAGCACCAUCUUCACGCUCGACGUCUACAAACUGCUGCGCAAGAGCGCGACCUCCCGCGAGCUGAUGAUCGUGGGCAGGGUGUUCGUGGCCUUCAUGGUGGCCAUCAGCAUCGCCUGGGUGCCCAUCAUCGUGGAGAUGCAGGGCGGGCAGAUGUACCUGUACAUCCAGGAGGUGGCCGAUUACCUGACCCCGCCCGUGGCCGCCCUGUUCCUCAUGGCCAUCUUCUGGAAGCGCUGCAACGAGCAGGGCGCUUUCUACGGCGGCAUGGCCGGCUUCGUGCUGGGCGCCAUCCGCCUGGUGCUGGCCUUCCUGUACCGCGCCCCGGAGUGCGACCAGCCGGACACCAGGCCCGGCUUCAUCAAGAACAUCCAUUACAUGUACGUGGCCACGGCGCUGUUCUGGAUCACGGGCGCGGUGACGGUGGUGGUGAGCCUGCUGACGCCGCCGCCCACCAAGGAGCAGGUGAGGACCACCACGUUCUGGGCGCUGCGGAAGCGCGGCGCGCCGGAGAGCGCCGGCAAGGCCGAGCUGUACCAGGCGCGCGAGAAGAGCGUCCUCAAGUGCAACGAGAACGCCAACCACAUCAUCCCCAACGGGAAGUCGGAGGAGAACAUUAAAAACGUCAAGCCCGAGGACAUCAACCUGCUGGUGACGUGCAGGGAGGACAGCAACCCGGUGAUCUCGGUGAGCCACUCCGAGGUGGAGACGCCCGUGGAUUGUUAUUCCAACGGACAGGCCGCCCUGAUGGGGGAGAAAAAGCACGAGGAGGAGGAGGAGGGGACUGACGACAAGGCGAGACAUUUGAAAUUCAUAGAUUGGUUCUGUGGCUUUAAAAGUAAAAACAUAAACAAGAGAGUGGUUCGGGAGGUCGAGGAAGAGACUGUUUGUUUACAAAUGCUGGAAGAGACUCCAAAAGUUAAACUAUUACUAAAUACUGGACUGGUCUGUGUCUGUUCAAUUGGAAUCUUCAUGUUUGUCUACUUCUCUUUGUGAGUGAAUAGUGAACUUUUAAGGGUAUGGCUUAAACAUACAGAAGUUGAUACAGGUCUCUGGAGAUUUUUGGUUUUUCUUUUCUUUUCAAACAACAUAACCACAACCCAGGCAUUGUUUACGCUAUAAUUGUGAGAUCAACUCAGCUUUAGCCUAUUUCGAGACCAUUUGAGAUGUGUUGUCCUCCCUCUGCUGAAAGCAGAACCUGUCCUGUGGUGGCUUUUUCUUUUUUCCCCUUUUGUGUUUGUUUUAUUUUAUUGUUUUUUUCCAUUUGCAGCACUAACCUUUUGUUUUUCUGUGUAUAAAUAUACCAAAGGCAGGCAGGUGGCUGUGUUUGAAGUCAGGCAGUUACAGCUCAGUCAGCGUUAAGUGAAGAUAACAGGUAAUCAGUUACCAGAGUGUAAAAUCUGAGUGAUUAAAGCUCUAUCAAAAGAUUUCUAAAUGCAGAGCUGUGAUGCACAUUUAUAAAAUAACUGUAUUACCUUGGCCAACUUAGCACUUUUUAAUUGCACUCACUGCUGUUUUUUUCUUCUCUCUUUUUUUCAGUUUCUCAUUUUUCUUCUGGCAACAACAGGAAGCUGUUUUGUCUCAUUUUAUAGCACUUAAAACAUGAUAGCUCUUAGCAGCUUUCUGCCUUUUUUCUUUUUAUACUGUGUAAGGAAAUUUUUGUCUUUUGAUUUUUAUCCACUGUAAAUUCCAUUACAGAGAAGUUUCUGUAUUAAAAAAAGAGAAAAAACUAAAACACAAAUAAGCCUGGAGAUGACAAACUGUCAAUGGAGGAGGAGGAAAAAGAAAUAUUCUUUCUGUGGGGUUUGUAGCAUAUUGAAAUUGAAGAACCCCAGAAUUUUUAGGGUGGGUUUGGGAUGUCCCUGGGCAGCUCUUCCAGGGCUCUGCCACCUCUGUGAAAAGAAAUUUUUCCUCAGGUUUAGGUGGAGUUUGUUGAGUUUCAGUAAAUGGCCAAAAAGACCCAUUCAGCCUCUGAACCUUCAGGACAUUGUAAGGAUUAGCUUCUUUUUGGGGAAAAAUCUGUUUGUAGGUUCUUCAGCAUGGGGAAGUAGAAACAUGAGGCUUUGCACGUCCUGAUAAACUGUUUUUUCACCCUGCAGAAGGGUUUUCCUCUGCUGUGUCUGGGAGGAGUCCCUGGUGCUGCAGGGGAGAACAGCUGGGAAGGCAAGGAAGAGGAGAUGGGAGAGGGAGGUGAAAGUGCUCCUUGUUUUCCAGAGUCCUUUUGCCCCACGGCUUCUCCCACUUCCCCUUCCACCCUGUCAAACUUCCUUUGGGGUUUUUUUGUGUUUUCUGAGGAAUCCCAGAAUCCCUGAGCUUGGAGAAGCCCUCCCUGGUUAUGAAUUCCAGCUGUGCCACAUUCCUUGGACAUCCCUUCCCAUGAGUGACCUUUGUGUGGAGAAAUUCCCUCCUUCCCUCCCUCCCUCCCUCCCUCCUCAGAGGAUCCAGAGGGAUUUGCUGUCAGGAGAUGUUCAGCCACGAUCUGUGUCGCCAAUUGAGGUCUGUCCUGUCCUCAGGAUUUUUCCAAAAACCUCAAUUCCUCCCUGGCACUCAGUGUUUGUAGGUCUGCAGAUGCUGAGGAUGUUUCCUGCUGCAGGAUGGGUGUCCAUGCAGGGAUGGGCAGUUCCCAGGUUGGUGUUCUCAUCCUUCCCUCUCCAGCACACAGUGGUCAUAUCCAGGCUUUGCAUGGAAAGAAUUCCUCCAGCUGUCUUUGCUCCUGAGCUCAUUCAGGAGAGAAUGAACCAAAGUGGGGCUGAGGGACCAUUCAGUUCAGGGUCCAGCUAUGUUUCCUUGGCACACAGACAAGAACCUGUGGGGGAAACCCAUUGUGCAGAGAUGAAAUUUGGGUCAAUCCUGCCUUUGACUGCUGGAGAAAGUUUGCUUUUCCAGCCGUGCCAUCCACGUGGCUUUUAGCAGAUCAUUUACAGCACAUUAUCAGAUAAAAGGAUUCACUUCUAUUUUUAGGGUGUUUUUGUUUGUUUUGGUGGUGUUUUUAUAUCCAUUAAAUCUCAUUCAUUCCAAAACUUUGACCAGAGGCUGAGCUGCCCCGCUUUUCUCCACUUGGUUUAGUUGUUGCUGCUGGGAAGUAGAACUACUCCAAAGUGGAAAACUCGGGAGUGUCGUUGCAAUAUUUGUAGAGAGGAAUCACCAUACCUAGUGCUGAUGUGGCUACCAAUGGGACAAGACACAUUUUGUUGUGAUUUAAAAUCCUAUUUAAGGGUGUGUGAAAUUAUCUCAAGUUGCUUCAUGAAUGGGCUGAGCUGUGAUGUAAAAACGUAGAGAAUUGUUUCCGCGAAGGCUAAAAUAGUUCAGGGCAACGUUGUGAGAUGAACAACAACUUGUAGAGGGUAAAGCUAAUUCUCAGCCCACCACUCUCCUCUUGCAGAGGCAGCAGUGGGCUGGCCAGGCUGCUCCUGCUGCCCCUGGACGUGCAGCUUUGCCACCGCCUGGCGAGCCAGGUGAGCUCAGGGACCCUUUGGCUCCAUCGCCGUCGCUGUUCCCCUGUGCCUUACGCGGGGCAGCCGAGCUGGAGGAGGCGCUGCCAGCGCUUCCCCCUGCUCCUUCCAGCCCUCCCUGACCCUCUGCUCCUCACAGGGGACACUGGGAGCCGGUGUCCCAUCCGUGGGGACAGCUCCUUGGCCGUGGAAGGGACUGCGGUCCCCCAGCAAUGCACUGCGGAGCCCCAGGCGCUCCAGCUCCCAUCCAUUCCCCCUCCCUUUGCUGAGCUAACGAGCUGCCACGUUAAUCACACUGCUAAUUGGCAGGCAGGAGCAUCAUGGAUUAUUAAUCUGCCUCUUAUUAAUCUGCCUCCCCCUCCCCUCACCCCAUCUUUGCACCUGUUGUGAAGCUUUGAAGCGAAUUCUUCCUCCAGUGCUUUUUCUCUCCAGGUGUUGGGUGUGCUGCUCUCCAGCCUCGCUGUGCCAUAGAGCUCCUGGAAGUUGCUGAUGUUCUUUGCUGCAUAAAACCACUCAAUAAAAGGCCUUUCUUAAUCAAUAAAGAGAUUUCUGAGGUUCCAAGCAAGCUACCUUGUGUAGGAGAAGGGAUUUUUUUUUUUAUAGCGUAAACAAGGCUUUGCUGGGGGGGGGGAAGUUGAUGAAUUUGGGGUGAAAAACCCAUUUUUUGGUCCAGCAGAACCACAGAGUGUUUCCCACCAUGGAUUUUGUUGCCUGGCCUCCUCCCCCUGGGUGGGGCUGGUUGUGCUUCUGUCUUGCAGCAAUGGGUUUUUUAUUUAUUAUUGCCUUGAGCUUAGGAUGACAAGUCUUGGAAAACUGAGUUUGGAAUGACAGCUUUUUUUUUUUUCUUCUUGUUACUUCCCUUAACUUAUUUUUUUUCUGGUAAGAUAUUUGAAUUUUGCUCCUGGAAGUGGUAGAAGCCUUUUAUUUAAAAAAGAGAAUAAAAUAAAAUAAAAAAGAAGAGGCUUCUUGAGAGUUUCAUAGUACAUUUUGGGAGACUGUUUUUAUUUAAGUUUUUUUAAAUGGCUGAUUUGAUGCUAUUCUCUGCCAAAGUUUAGAGGCUUUUUUGUUGUUUAAUUAUUUUUUUUUUAAAAUAUUUUUUCCUAUUUAGCUUUUAGGGAAAGGAAACAGUGCAAGAUUGUAAGAAAUAAAGAUGGCCUUCAGUAUAUUCCUUAUAUUGUGUAUUUUUUACUUCUCCACUUGUGUGUUCCCUGAUCCCAGAAGGGCCAAGAUGAGACUUCUGAUGAGAGUCAUGAGCCCUGUAACCGAGCAGAGAAAAGGAUUUAUUUCCACAAGGUUACAGUGGAGGGGCCAGAGCCACCCAGGGAGCUCUGCCAGCACUUAAAAGAUGCUUACAACUUUAAAACAGCUUUAUUUUUUUUAUAUAUCUAUUUUUUUAAAUCCUGAGAUAGAGGAGGUGUUGGGAAUUGCUCCCUUUGGGAGAACAGGAGACAUGGAAGAAGCUGGAGUUGCCAAGCUCCAGCUUUCUCAAGGAAAUCUUUGGAUUUAGCAUGUACAGAGAAGCAAAAUUACUCAUCUGUUAAUUUGGUAUUCUGUAUGUUCUGUGCCCUUAAAUGUAAUUGUUUUGAAAAUAAAACUAACCUUGUUAUGUGAUGUUAAAAGCAGACUUCUGUGCAAUGUUUUAAUUUUUUUUUUUGUUUUUUUUUAAAGAAAAUGUUUGUAUAUAAUUAAAUGGUUUAAUGUGCUUUAAUUGGCCUAAGGUAAAGAGUAGUCCUAGAAUGUAAAACAUACAUAAUUAGAAUUUCUGAUUUCACUGUGAGAUCUCUGAACUCUUGGGGUUUUUUUUGGGUUUUUUUUUUGCAAAGCGGUUUUGUUUUGUUUACAAAACACUUUCUCUUUGAUUUCUUUCCUGGUGUUGGUUUCAAGGCAUUUGCUUCACUUCUGUUCCAAUCUUGAACUCAUGGUAUAGUGACAUCUGGUGACACUUGGCAUUCUCAGUUCCACUGUGUAAAGUCAGAACACUUUGAGCAAAACCGGCGGUGAAAUGACAAUUCUGUGUCUAGGAGUACACGCUUUUCAAAUGAGGUGGUUAUAAAAAUAGUUGCUGUGCAAAAUGUUAGUAGUCUUCUUCAAGAAGAAAGCAAAAUUUUCUAAUCUCACUCGAGCAGUCUCUUCAUUCAUCAUCUUCUUUUUUAAAGCACAGUGUCAAAGUGAUGCUGCUUUACCUUGUAUCUCUGAGAAAAAAUGUUUUUUUAGAUAUCUGUGAAGUAUUUUUUGGGUUUUGUUGCUGUUGUAUUUUUCUGCAGAUUUUAUAUAAAAUACCAGUUAAUGAACUGCCUUUUUUCUGUUGGUUUUUUUUUUUAAACUCUCUAAAAUACAUUUCAGACCAAAACCAAAUGAUAUCAUAUAGCAUUUGAAACCUGCCUUUUUCCUUGUCCCUUGGUUGUUUUUUUGGAAAAAAGCCAAAUGGGCAUGUAGAUAAGAUCUCUAUAAUGGAUCCAGGUCUCUUUUGGUAAAGUGUUAUUUAAAGGUCUGUUAAGAUCUUAUAAGACAAUAUACUGAAAAAAAAAAAAAAACCUUUACUGUAGUAGGAAUAUAGAUUUAGAAGUGUUAAUGAGAUUAAUACAGCUUAAUUAUAUUGUAAGUUGCUACUGUCCUUAAUGACAAGCUUUUUGUCAUAGAAACGAUGUAUGAUAAAUUAAUUUUGGUCUAGUGUAUAGAAUUAUCAUAUUGCUAUCAAUCUUUGAAGUAAAUCUGAUGCAAAAUUUUCAUAGUUAGCAUUGCUGGCCCUGUGUAUACUGUUCUUUGUAUACUGUAUGCAUAUUAUUUUGCCUCCUGCAUUAGUCUUCAAACUAAAAACUCUUAUUAGAGAGUAUUUGGAUACUUUCAGACUGUGUUUCUUGCAGUUUACAUUCCUUUACCAUGGCAUUUUGUCCUGUCUCAAAGUAUUGUAUGGAAAUGUUUCAAACUUCUGUACAAAGUUUCAAUAAAAAUAGAGAAAAACAAAACAAAAAAAAAAACCAAA